AUGAACGUAGCCUUCGAAGAGACAUUGAACUGGAUCUUGGACGAAUGUGGUUCGUUCAAUUUGUACAUGUUUCACGGAGGUACCAACUUCGGCUUCAUGAAUGGUGCUAACGAAACUACUGGUCCUAAUAACGAGACAAAAGAGGCAUACGCUUCUGACGUCACUAGCUAUGAUAUGCAACAAUUGUAUUUGAAACAAAUUAUAUGGUGUCGCCAGCGAGAAGACGGCGAAUCAACAGAAAACGAGGUGGGAGACAGCACUACUAGGGAAAAUUACAACGCGCCGUUGAGUGAGAGUGGCCAGAUGACGGAAAAAUAUUUCUCCGUUAAGAAGAUUCUCAAAGAGAGAGGAUUGCUCAAAAGCGAGUUGAAAAUGACCGAGUACAUGUCGUUGGAUAAUGCUUUACAAUAUGUCCAGGUUGUCAUCAAUGGAGUGUUUAGUGACGAAUAUGAUUAUGACGCUUCGCACUCUAUAGAGAGUGAGAGAAUGAUGAUGAUGGAGGAGUUGCCGAUCAACAAUAAUGGCGGGCAGGGCUAUGGGUUCAUUCUUUAUCAGUGCCAAAUCGAGGAGGCCGUCCAACGCAUUCAAAUUCAAGGCAAGGUCAAGGACAGAGCCAUCGUAAUUUUGAACGGGAAGGAGAUAUCCACGGUUGAUAGGAGGUGGGAGAAUUAUUGCCUAAAUGUGAACUCCGAUCAAAAGAGGAAUGUGCUGCAAGUGCUGGUUGAAAAUUUGGGCAGAGUUAAUUAUGCCCUCUACGGUGAUGACGUCAUGAAUCAGCAGAGGAAAGGCGUCCGCGAUGUGUUGGUGAACGGAGAAAAAGUUAAGAAGUGGACGAUCUAUCCGCUAGAAUUCAAAGAAAGUUUUAUUGAAGCGUUGAAGAGUUCAUCGGCCUGGCAGCCGUACGAUGAACGUGUGAAGACGAGUGGACCGUGCCUGUUUAGGACAUUUCUCAACUUGAGCCCUGCCGGUGACGCACGUGACAAACCACGUGAUACUUUCAUGCAUAUGAAGGGUUGGACCAAAGGAAGUGCCUUCAUAAACGACUUCAACCUCGGUCGAUACUGGAACAUUGGACCCCAGAACACAUUGUACAUCCCCGGUCCCCUAAUCGAAUAUGGUCCUAAUCAAAUAACGCUGUUCGAGUUGCACGGCGGUUGUGGGCGUGUGAACCUGCUUGCUGAGGGUGAUCUGGGCGCUGAAGAAAUCCACAAGGAAAUCCUUCCAUUGAGUGCCCAGACGCAACUCUUUCUACUGAGAAACACGCUGAAGAUGGGUUCCUGGAAAUACGUCAAUAGGUUCAUAAAUCAUACUUCACUCUAUUGUUGGUCAUUGUAAUUCUUUGAAGGUCUAUACGGAUGAAUAAUAAAUAAUUAGCUGAUUUUGUGUUCUUUAAUCGCUGCUAUGUUCAUUUUUAACAUGUAUUAAUUUAUCAGUUCGUAUAUAUAUAUGUAUUGAUGUUGAAUAACAUUGGUGUUGAAUAACAUUUUAAUAAUUAAUAAUAGUUAUUGAGUUUGCUUCUGACAUAUCUUGAAUGCCACACCUUGCUCCAAUACCAUAAAUAAACUUUAUAAUUAUACUAUGACUUUUACUAGUAAUUAUGUCCAUCAUGUUCAUGAUUCAUUUCUUACUUGAUGGUGGUAUGAUCAGAAUUAACCUGCAUCUUUUUUUAAACUUUCAAAUUAUAUUUUUAUAACGCUUUUAUAUAGAUAAUGAUUUGCAAGUUUAUUUAAAUACCAUUUGAUUGUAAUACAAACUCGUAAAAUUG